UCUUGCCUGUCCUUGGUACCACCUUCUUUACCGUCGCUCAUCAUCACUUUGGCGAUGGCAGACAAGUCCGACCUCCACUACACGGCCAACUCCCAGCUGGAGCACCUUCAUGCCCGCUAUACCGGCACCAUCCACCCUGACAUUACUCGCCAUGAGUGGCUCGUUCACCAGCACCGAGACACGGCUACCUCCAUUGUAGGUCACCCUAUGCUGCACUCCUACAUUGCUCUGGCAGAGGGAGAGUCCAAGGCGAGGGUCAAGAUGGAGCUAUGUGAGAAGAUGCUGCAGCCAUGCGGUCCUCCGCCCGAGCAGGAAGACUAGCUUGCUCAGAGCUAUAUCGAGAUCGCGCAGAAGGCCAACGCAUAUGCGAUCUACGAAGCAAUUGUGAGCUCAGCCCCACACCGAGCCUCUUCUGCAAGCAUCACAAGUCGCUAAAAUUCCAUCGAAGCUGCUCAGACAGGUCUUUCUGAAUGACAGACAAGGGAAGAUAG